AUGCCUCCACCUAUGCUUCAGACGCCUGCAACUGCCACUCAGUCGACACCUGCAUCCUAUGGAGCUCUCGGCUACUGCCAGCCCUCCAUCGUCCCCUCGCCUGUAUCCCACGUCACAGAAUCCGGACCUGAAGGUUGCUGGAACUCCAGCCACUCGCAAGAGUCCGCAGGGGUUUUGUGUGAGGAUGAGGUGGUGGACUGGCAGGGGAUGGAACAUGAGGAGGAUGAGGACGCCGAAGGAUACACCUCGUUCCUGGCUCUGGACUGCCAGCCCCUGGCAACUCCCGUCCUCCCCAUGCUGGACUCAGCUGUGCCUCCUUCCUUCGCUGCUGCUCCUUCGUUUGCCAUGUGCAAUGCGAAUAACGUUGGGGCAGGACCUGGUU